UUAUUUUCUGCUUUAGGCACUCGUUACAGUUACAAAAAACCAACAAUGAGCGGAAGAGGCAAAACCGGCGGUAAGGCCAGAGCCAAGGCUAAGACCCGUUCCUCCAGGGCAGGACUUCAGUUCCCCGUCGGUCGUGUUCACAGACUCCUCCGCAAAGGGAACUACGCAGAGCGCGUCGGUGCCGGUGCUCCGGUGUAUCUGGCCGCUGUACUCGAGUACCUGACUGCUGAGAUCCUGGAGCUGGCUGGAAACGCCGCUCGGGACAACAAGAAGACCCGUAUCAUCCCCCGUCACCUGCAGCUGGCGGUGCGUAACGACGAGGAGCUCAACAAACUCCUGGGCGGAGUGACCAUCGCUCAGGGCGGCGUGCUGCCCAACAUCCAGGCCGUGCUGCUGCCCAAGAAGACCGAGAAGCCCGCCAAGACCAAAUAAACAGAUCAAUACACCACUCAGAAAGGCUCUUUUCAGAGCCACCCACUUUCUCGAGAAGAGCGAUUUGUAUUUAUAUUGUAUUAUAUUAUUUCUUUUCUUUUUUAAGGUUUUGAUGCGUUUCAUGAGCUGCGCGAGCAGAGCGAAAUAUAACGAUCGAUACUAUAAGAACGUGGAAACAUCUUAAACGUUAAUGGAUCGUAACACCCUCUAGCCCAAUUUCACGUCUAUUG